UUAAUCAGUUGGAAAAAGUUAUAACGGUCACUUCCUCAAAAGUCCAUCUGUUCAGUUGAGUUUCAGAUUCAUUACCAAGAGAACAACAACUCAACGCAAUAUCAGCACGUGCAUCAAUAUGUGGGCUUUCAUCUUAUAUUUAAUCUGCGUGGAAGUGGGUGCAGAAGUUAAUGACUUUGAAACAGUUAAAGUGAUGGAGGGAGGUGUUCUCAAUCUACAUCCUGGACUGGAAGAUCUAAAGCGAGACGUUCAGAUCAUGUGGACGUCUGAAAGUGGCAGAGGUAAUAUUCGUCUCGCACAGAUGUAUCAAGGGGAAAUUUACACUCAUUAUGACAUGAGAUUCACAGGCAGAGUGCAGUUAGACCGAAAAACUGGAAUUUUAACUGUCAUGGACAUCAGAACUAAUGAAUCUGGACUGUACGAAGCCUUAAUCAUCAUCAAUGCACGCACCACAGGACGGCGAUACAAAGUUCAUGUUUAUGCACCCGUCUCUGUGCCAGCCAUCAGCAGCAGCUCAUCAGUUAGUGUGCACCAAUCGACAGAUACAUCACAGGAAACAGAGGAGAUCUGCUCUGUGUUCUGCUCUGUGAAAAAUGAUCGAGACGUGUCUAUGUCGUGGUAUAAAGGGAGUGAAACGCUGAAUCAGACCAGCAAUCCUGAUCUCAACAUCAACCUCAGUUUACCAUUAGAGCUUCAUUAUAAUGAUCCAGAGACCUACAGCUGUACGGCUGCAAACCCAGUGAAUAACAAAACCGUCCGUCUUCAUGUGAAAGAGAUCUGCCCACGACAUGAAGAUUGUGUGGAUCGUUGUGGCAUCACUGAGGCUCCGAUUCGUCUGGUUCUCUCUGGUCUGGUGGGAAUCGCCACGGUUGGAUUUCUUAUCGAUUAUUUGAGGUUCUCCUCAGCUCAGAGAAGAACUGCUGCUUCUGUGUACUGAAGAUACUUUUGUGAGAUUUAGUGUGAUUGUCCUCUCCUUUUACAAUAGAUUUUGGUCCUGUUGUAUUUUAUAACUGGGAACCAGUUUCUAUCUAACAAAAACAAUAAAUAAGCUCUGUACAGUAGUAUCAUAUAUUUAGAAAACAUGCUCUGGAAAAUAAAUUCUAUUAUAACAAAGGGGCCUCUGUCUAUGCGGUGUGUUGUAUGUAAAAAAAAAAAUAUUAUUUAGUUUGACAAUUAAACAAAUAAAUGUAAUUUUAAGGUAGACUUGAUCCCUUAACUCAAUGGUUAGUGCCCAUGUUCACUUUUUAUAGUGUAUAUUCCAUUGCUGCACUUUUUUGCUGUUAGGCAAUAUACACAAAAUGCUUUUAUAAUUAUGUAUUGUUUUGUACAAUGUACUUUUAUUUAGGUAAGUAGCUCAUCUCACAGCUAAUGAUAAUUAGGGACACUAAUACAUAAUCUGUUCAUUUCCUACAUGAGAUGCACAUGUUUUUCUCAGUGUGUUUACUUUCUGUCGUUACAGUAUGUGUGUUGGCUAAACCGAUUCUUGUGAUGUAAGGAAGAGAAUGGAAAGCAUUUAAGAUGAUAAAAAAAAAGUUUUUACUUUCAACUUUUUUGGUUCUGC